AUAAAUUUCCAACAGCUGGUGAAUAGUGUUGUUAACACUUCUGUGAAUUACCUUUGUGUGAAAGGGCUAAAAAUGUAGAAUUAAAAGAAAUAGGUACUUCUCACUAUUAAUUUGCAUUAAAUAUUUAAGUAUUAAAAAAAAACAUUGCUUAUAUCGUUAUAAUUAAAAUAAAGGAAAACACAUAAGUUGGCUUUUUGGAAUUGAAUUCAACAAACGUGUCGAAAGUAGUCAGGCAGGCAGCAACACAGAGUCGCAGUCGAGUUAUAGCAACGAAAGUAACAACGGGAGCGGCAAGAGCAACGGCAACAGUGACGAAAAUAAAGAAAAGUGGACAUCGAGGAAAUUAAAAAAUUUCUAAAAAUAUUUGCAAUUAUUUAAAUCGGUAUACAAUCCAAAGUUAAAAAUGGUCCUAAAGGUUUAUGUAAGCGGAAUGUCCGGAAAUAAAGAGGUCAAAAAACGCCAGCAACGUGUUUUGAUGAUUUUAGACAGCAAGAAUAUCAAGUACGAUACUGUGGACAUAACAGAACCAGGCAAAGAAAGCGAAAAAGAGUUGAUGCAAACAAAGUCGACCAGCAAUGGUGCGACAGUAAGUGACCCAGAUCCAAGACAUCCACUGCCACCACAAAUAUUUAACCAGGAAGAAUAUUGCGGGGAUUAUGAUGCCUUCGAUUUGGCCAAUGAAAUAGAUACAUUGGAGCAGUUCUUGAAGCUGGCACCGGCCGAUACGACAGCCGUUUCUAGUGCUCAGCUGGAGUUGAAGCAAGAAAAUGGCGAAGUAAAAGCAGUAGAUGACGAAAACAAGGAGAAUGUGGGAGAGAAAGCUGAAAGUGAAGAUGCCGGUAAAGCGGCUGACGACAGUCAAGCCGUUGCCGAUGCUGGGGAAAGUGCAAACGGUGAUGGCGAUACCAAGAAUGCUGAGGUGGAACAAAAUGAAGAAAAGAAAGACAAAUCCGAAACGGCCGAAGCCGAUACAGAAGGGGACAAAUCCAUAGGAGAGAUUGCAAAAGAAGAAGAAGUGACUGAGGAGCAGUCAAACAGUGACGAUACAAAACCAAAUAAUGGAGCAGACGAUCCGAACGAGACGCAAAAAACGGAAACUAAACCCGACGACGAAGAAAAAAGCGAAAAUGCUGAAGACACAGCUGAAACGGAAGUUGCGAAAGAUAAAUCCAGUGAAGAAACGGAAGAUAAAACGGAUAUUAAAUCGGAAGCCGAAGACAAUGCAACGGAGGAAGUCAAGAAAGAAGAAAGUCUCACAGAAGCAGAAAAUACGGCGGUGGAAACAGAUUCUUUGAAAGAGGAUAAGGAGAAAGACACGCAAAAAGAUGAAAUCGCAAAAUUAGAAACAGAGAACGCAGCUACCAAUAAUGACAAAGAUGAAGAAGUCGAGCCAGUUGCUGGAAAAGAAGAAGAAAAUGCUGAAGACAAGGAGAAGGAUGAUGUGGAUAAAAGUAAAAAAGAAAACGAAGAAACAGAUAAUACCGGCAAUGAUGGUGCUGGGAAUGUUGAAGACACAAAUGAAGUUGCUGAAAAAGAGAGUGAAAAGACAGCAGAAGAUAAAAAGGAAAAUGUUGUAGAAUCUAAUAACGAUGAUAAUGAGAAUGCAAGUGAAGAGAACGUAACGAGCGAAGAAGAAGAUGAGGAAGAAGAAUCAAGCACAGUGGAAGAAGUUAUUGAUAAGGAAAAAGAUACCGCAUCAAAUAAAGAUGACAUAAGGGAAGAGAUUGCUAGCAACGAUCACGAUGAUAUUGAAUAGUGAUAAUAACAUUAAAAUUAAGAGAAACCUCUUCCGCGAUCGACUGCUUAGGUUUUGGUUAUAAUACACAUACAUUAAUUAACUUUUCUUUAUUAAAUACACCGUCCUUAAUUUCUCACAUUAAAAUGGUUUUGAAGUUAUCCCCAAGCACUUCAUUAGUCAUUAUUUGUAAAUUUGAUCAUGAAUCACCAAAAGGCACUGAACGUAGUAAACACAAGACAACAUACUCCUUUAUAAAGUAAGCGACAAUGAAAGGGUCACACAAACCAGUCGGCGGAAUAAUGUCACCCAUGCCAAAGUGGAAGACUUACUUGAGAGCGAGAAACGUGCAGCUGCGAAUUAAAUAAAUUCACUGUUAUACAUAUACAUUCAUCAGUCAAUAAAUAUUGAAUUUUAAGUUGAAGAAA